CAGUUCGAUCAGGAAUGAAGCAUAAUCCCCUGUGCGCCCCCACUGUCUAGCACCGCAGCACUACCACCACCUCGGAGCUCCACGGCUUCUCCUCCUACGCAAAAGCACCGCGCAAUAACCCUCGCUACCCUGUCUUUUCUAAUUCUGAUUCUAGACUUUCCAAAUUGUGAGCUAAAUUAUCUCUGAACUUCUAUCUCGAAACGCGUUUCGCUUCUGAACCAACGAAGGUGUUGUUAUUGGUUGUUUUUCCGUCUCUGCUUCGGGUCGCGCCAAUGGAACUAGGGUUAGGGUUAGGGCAACCCUUCGUUCUUCUCCUACUCGCUCAGUUCUUCUGAUGCCUGGCUUGCGAGUUGCUGGCGUAUUCAUGUUGUGAAUUCCGAAAUUUUUGCUCCAUUGAUAGGUUAAAGUUUGGGGUUUCGUCAUGUCCGAUAGUGGUCGAGUUACCAUUACUCUUGGCCGUAGUGGUCAGGUUGUCAAGAGGGAUUUAUCUUCAGCUGACGUAUCGUAUGCUUCUUCUCUUUCCUUGGCUGGAACUAAGCGGUCUGUAAGAGACAGAAUUGGAAAUAAUGUAGAUGGUUAUGGACACAGCAACAACAAACGACACAGAGGAGAUAAUAGCAUACAAAAUGGGUUUGACGAUGGGCGUAUUGACAAAGAUGAUCUUCGGUUGAAGCUUAUGCGCAAAAGUGCAUCUAAGCGAGCUGAGAGCAAUGGUGAUAAGAGCCAGAUAGAUCUCCGUGAAAAACUGACCAAGGCAGUUCGUUCUCCAAUGACCAGUUUUAAUUCAAAGCAGCGUGAACUUGAACCAAGGGAAACAAGCAUGAUUAGGCGAAUUCCCUCAGCUAGAAGUUCUGAUGAUUUAAUGCGUAUGGAAUCCAUGAGAAGCUCAUACUCUCCUUGGACAUUGGACCAUAUUAGGCGAAGAUCACCAGAUGGGUUUCCAAGUAGUUCCAGGAGGAUUUCCCCUCAAAGAAAUGUGGAAGACCUACAGAGGAGGCCACUAAAUAGGACAUAUGAAAGUGUUACACCGGUACCUUAUGUAACUAGGGAUGUUGAAUCUUCAAGGCCUCCUGGCACUACACCUGCAUCUUUUGCGGCACGCUCAACAAUGUCCACUUUGCCUCCUGUAACUGCUAAGCCUGUAACAUCUCAUCUUGGCCAACUUCCUCCAUCAAGCAGUGUUGCACAAAGAGCUUCAUAUGUGGGUGACGAACAGCAAUCUCACCAAACUGUUGAUGGCCUGUUACAUGCUCUAGGACUGGGAAAAUAUGCCAUUCUCUUCAAGGCUGAAGAAGUAGAUAUGACUGCAUUGAAGCAGAUGGGAGAACAUGACCUCAAGGAGCUUGGAAUUCCUAUGGGUCCAAGAAAGAAAAUUCUUCUCGCUCUCUUGCCUCGUGCAAAACGUCAACAGUGAUACUGAUAUUACUACAUGAAGUAAACUUUAACACAUGGUUGGAUCACCAGGUUAUUGGUUUUUGUUUCGACUUUUUUAUCUUUUUUCUCUCUUUUUUUUUUUGGUUGAUGGUAAAGUACAUAUCUCAGUUUGUACAACAUGCGCUCUCUCACAUGGGGUUUGAGUGCCCCAUUUUUGCAUUUAAAAACAAGUAUUUGUUAACAUUGUAGUCUGUUGGGGAAUAUUGAUCUGUGACAUACUCUGUCCUUUCUCUCCUCUUCGUUUGAAGAAAUAGGAAAUGGAAUCAAUUUAUACUGAGCUAAGGUUGAUCGAUA